ACGCUGAACCGAGUUCUAGGCUUCAAGGCUUCCACGACUCAUUCAAAACUCACCCCAUCUAGCAAUGACGCUCAGCUCUGUAUUCGGGGCGGGCUCCCUUUCCAUUCCACUCCAUUGAUACUCGUAAGGUGGUAGAUGACGUCCGGCGCGCCCACUCCGUCAUCAAUCCUUUAUCCUCCAUGCUUGAACAGCAUUAUUCGUAUAAUACUCGAGAUUACCUACAUAUUCGCGAGAGUGUGUCUGCCAGGUAAUCGUGAUGAAGCACGGUCUUCCAACAUCCAACAUCCAACAACUUGUCACGUUGCCCUUCCACCGAAUCUGGCUCAAAUCCAACGCUCGUCCUCGCCCCGUGUCCCCAUUCGGACCUGUAGUGACAUCAACAUCAUCUGCCUUGUUUUGCUUCUCUAUCAACCGCUGCCGACGGACAGCCAACGUCUAGACACUCGCCACGUACCGGGCUCCCAUUGCCGGCGGCUGUCAACGCUUCCUCACCUCAGCACUUACCGGGCCAGUCAAGUCUUCCCGUACCCGUCCCGCAGUACGUACGACGUUGCUUUUCCCAACGACAUGUUCACUGUCGUCCAAUCGUACUAUUGCGCUCACGCUUUCCAAGAUCACCUAGAACAGGGCCAUUGAUGUCGGAUUGAUGUAAUCUUACACUCCACGACCCUACCUCGUAGCGAAAUCUCAAUAUGCUGUUGCACCCUAGCACCACUGAGACUGGACUUGUGGUUUUGACUGGUACAUACUCGUAACCUGCUUAGGAUAGAUACACAUGUCACCCCACCCUCGCAAGCAGGCUGCGGUCGACGAGUGACCUAUUCCGCUUAUCUGCUGCAUUAUUCCUACUAACAAGUCCUGGGCUGUGU